UGUAUAUAGAGUCUUUAAGAAGCGCGUCUUGCGUUUCUUGCGACCGAUAGGCCUAUCGUUGAAGCCUCCCAAGCAAGGCCUACCGUUCCUCACCGUAUUCGCAGCAAGAACACGUGAUUUCUGUACAGAACCCUCCGCAGGUUGAGAGCCGCGGUUUUCAUCGCAGGUGCAAGGGUGUGCUUGUAAUUUCCCUGGUUGUACUCGAUGGUUUGUGACAAGAAGAUGGGUGCUCGUACUGUCUCGGGGCAGAGACUUACCCGAACCGUGAGAGUCCCAAGAGUGAUCGCGCUGGCUACCCUCCCGGAGAGGCGAGGAGCGGCGUUGAUCCUGGAGUACGUCAAGAUGGAAACCAUGUCCACUGAGGAGCAACGCAAGGUGGGCUGUGGUGAAGAACUAGCCAUGAGUGCGCCGCAGGAACUCGGAGCCCUGUCGCCGUACGGAGCGCGUUCUUGCCAGCUCGUCGAUGAACCUUGUCAUCCCGUGAAACACCUGGUGCGGCGAGUCGCUGCAGAUCAACGACUGGGAAGACGACUGGUGCAACUUCUUAUCCAAGCACAGGCUGGGCCGACAGGCAGAGAUGAUCCUGGAGAAGCACGGGGAUCACGAGGUAGCCACCAAGGUGUAGAAACUCAGGGUGAACCUUCGCGAGAGGAUUUGGAAAUCACGCCUAGCCUCCUGCACGGAAAUCUGUGGAGUCGAAACUGGGGUGUGGACUACAGCGGCAAGCCCGUCAUCUACGACCCCGCAGUCUACUUUGGCCACUACGAGAUGGAGAUGAGCAUGUUGACAAUGUUCGGAUCACCUUGCAAAGGCUUCUUCGUCAGGUACCACGACCUCUUGCCGAGGGAGGAACCGGGUUACCAGGACAGGAUAAUGCUGUAUCAGCUGUACCACUACCUCAACCUGUACCUGCAGCAUGGGAGAGGCUUCCGGAGCCCGUGCAUGGCGUUGGUCAAGACUCUUCUGGCCCCCAGCAUUCCUAGCGGCAGCAGCAGCGGGUGAACUGAGCGAGUAUUUACGUAGCACAUUUGUAUCAGGAGACAGAUCGCUCCUCCGCUAUCGGCUUGUGAAGGGAAGUAUGAUUAUCCUUGAACGAUUCGGCUCAGUCGGAAGGCGUUUAUUUUGCCGGUGUCGUAACGUUGGUUGUGGAUAUUAUAGUAUUGACGUCGGUGGUGAUGGUGGAGGCGAUGCUGGGGCGGGAGGGCAAGCGAAAAUGUAAAAUUUCGGUGUUGAGAUGCGUCGCACCCGUAUGUGCGCGUCGCGGCCAUCGUGUUUUAUGGUCGUGAGCAGUGUUUUGUGUUGCUUUCUUGUUGUGUGAUGUGCUAGAAGCUUAUAAUUAUCUUCUCCUUGUGUAGGCUUGAGGUGGUUGGCGUACCUUGAAGUGUGAUUGUGUUUGUGCGCCACACUACUACUUGGAUACGUUUGCAUAGCGCACCCCGUUAUUUGCAAGGAGCCAGCGUGUACUUGUAAUGUUUGAUGCUGGGCGAGUGCUGCCAGGUGCAUAUUGGUGAGACUGGCUCUGGGGAUAUUGCCGGAAACGUUUCAUGACCGAAUGGGUCAUGUGGAAGAGGGUCAGCUCGUUUUUUAUAAAGGUUUUCGUUAGCUACUCCCAACCAAGUUUUUUCUGGUCCUGAACAACUGCUGUUAUGACUCACUCGACGCUAACGACGACAACGCCUGUUUCGUGAAGUAUCCUGGGGUGAGACGGGAAGGAAAGUGGGCGUGAUCUGUGGCUACGAAAGAAAAGAGAAGCGCAUGGUAGGUACUGUAAUUGCUGUCGCUGUCUACUCACAUGUUCCCGGUGUUGAUCGCUCCCCCUUCCGCGGGUAAAACUCCAGAAAUACGCCGCGACAGGCAGACUGCCCGGAAUGCGACUUGUUUGGAGUCACGGCCGUGCGGUGCGGUGUUGUACAUG